AUGCUCGACAGUUUGAUGGAACUGGAGAUCGCCUACAAUUUGAUGAAAUCCUCUGGGUCCGAUCACACAGUAGAUAGUUAUUACCAACAACUGAAAACUGAAAUAUCCGUUCUGGACAAGGAAUCGGACGAGUAUUCCAUCAUACAGGAGUAUGUCAAAAAUACUCACGCAGAAACGCACGGAAACUACGAAUUGAUCAUCGACGAAGUCUACACUGUCAAACGUCAAGGCGAGGACAAGCGCUUCAAGCCGUUCCGCAAGCUGCCCAACCGCAAACUGCUGUGGCACGGAUCGCGCGUCACCAACUUCGCCGGCAUCUUGUCUCAAGGGCUGCGCAUCGCUCCGCCCGAGGCGCCUGUCACCGGCUACAUGUUCGGCAAGGGCGUGUACUUCGCCGACAUGGUGUCCAAGUCGGCCAACUACUGUUCCACUUCGACGCAGAGCCCCAAAGGGCUGAUGCUGUUGUGCGAUGUGGCGCUCGGCAAUGUGGAUCAUGAGUGGAAAAGCGUCCACAUACGAUUGUAUCCAGCAGAAGAGUGUCAGAAGUUGAACUGGGAGAGGGAGAGGGAGAGGGAGAGGGAGAGGGAGAGGGAGAGGGAGAGGGAGAGGGAGAGGGAGAGGGAGAGGGAGAGGGAGAGGGAGAGGGAGAGGGAGAGGGAGAGGGAGAGGGAGAGGGAGAGGGAGAGGGAGAGGGAGAGGGAGAGGGAGAGGGAGAGGGAGAGGGAGAGGGAGAGGGAGAGGGAGAGGGAGAGGGAGAGGGAGAGGGAGAGGGAGAGGGAGAGGGAGAGGGAGAGGGAGAGGGAGAGGGAGAGGGAGAGGGAGAGGGAGAGGGAGAGGGAAUACUUCUUGAUCAAGCAUACUGGCCACAGGCCGGGGAAAAAUCCAACUAAUAGGGACAACGGACCAGGAAAGAAACGCGAGCAAUCCCGUCUAGGGCCACAGGCCGGUGAAUGUUCAGCGACUGAUCCUGUGAUGAUGGAUCAAGACCCUCAAUUGAUGCCACAGGCCAGAGAGGUCAAUGACUAG